CGCGCACCACCGUGGGAAAGCGGGCCUUUUAUUUCCCACGGGGGUCGAGAUGAGUAGCUGCGAUAGUUCUGGUGAGUUCAGAGAUGCAGUGCAGGAAAGAGCAGGCGACGGGGGUGGUCAGUUUGCAUCAGGACUUGCGGGGUUGGUGUGGGAGAUAUAAGGCUUACUGUGCCUUACUAAAGAAAGGUCCCUGCACAUAGAAAACCAAGCCAUUCAGGCUAGGCAAAAGUCUAGCUUUCUGCAUAUGUUCCUUCCUGUGAAUCCAAAUUUGCAUCUGCAAUGGUGUAUCCCAGAUAAUAGGACUUGGAGAGAGAUCAAUGAGGAAAAUCUUCAGCAGCUAAGCCCUGCAUCAGAAGAGGUUGCGGCUUUGCUAGGAAGAUCCCAAGAAGAGCAUCUUUCCUUCCAGACUGAGGCAGCAGGUGAUGGGUGGGAGAGUGAGAAUCAGGCAAAACCAAUUCGUGUGUUGCCAGAAAGAGCUGCGUGUCAGGAGACAGAAGAAAAGCUGGAAGGUCAGGCAGUAAAUGCAACAAAGACCUGGAGGGAUGAAUCCCUUUCUUUUGAAGAAAAUGGCUUCCCAGAAAUUCAGCGAGCAAUGCACGCAAGUGAAAAUAAGAAUACAUGCACUGUGUGUGGGAAAAUAUUCAAAGAUGACUCAAACCUUAAACGACAUCAGAGAAUUCACACGGGGGAAAAACCUUAUCAGUGUUUGUACUGCGGGAAGAACUUCAGUCGGAACACAAACCUCACUUCCCAUCAGAGAAUCCACACAGGGGAGAAACCAUAUACAUGUUCCGUAUGUAGCAAGACCUUUUGUGACAAAUCCAGCCUUAACCGUCAUGAGAGAAUCCACUCUGGGGAAAGGCCAUACGAGUGCUGCGAGUGUGGGAUAAGUUUUGAUCUGAGCCAAUCCCUGAUCAGCCACCAGCGAACACACACAGGGGAGAGACCGUAUAAAUGCUCAGAAUGUGGGAAAACAUUCAACCGGAGCCAAAACCUCCUUAGCCAUCAGAGAAUCCACACAGGAGAGAAACUGUAUAAAUGCUCAGAAUGUGGGAAAAGCUUCAGCCGAAGCCAGAACCUCACACGACACCAGAGCAGCCACACAGAGGAUAAACUGUACGAAUGCUAUGAGUGUGGUAAAAGCUUCCGGCUGAGCCAGUCCCUGAUUAGCCAUCAGAGAAUUCACACUGGAGAAAAACCAUAUAUGUGCUCCCAGUGUGGGAAAAGCUUCAACCGGAGUCAAAACCUUAUUAGCCAUCAGCGAGUCCACACAGGAGAAAAACAGUACAAAUGCUUAGAGUGUGGAAAAAGUUUCAAUUGGAGCCCAGACCUCCUUCGCCAUCAGAGAAUCCACACUGGAGAGCAGCCAAAGAAAUACCUCUGGGAAGGACCGUUUAUCCACUCACUGCCAGCUUUCGACAGAACAACUCGGCAAACAAACAGCAGGCUGGAUUCUAGAAGUGGCGGAGAGUUGAGGAAGGUGAAGGAGGAGAUAGGAAGCGAAGAUGCAGUCAGCACGGAGAUUGAACGCCAACACUUCAGGCAGUUCGUUUACCAGGAGGCCGAGGGGCCUCGAGAGGUUUGCAGCCGUCUCUGGGACUUGUGCCACCAGUGGCUGAAGCCGGAGAGGCACACCAAGGAACGGAUCUUGGAGCUGCUGAUCCUGGAACAGUUCUUGAGUGUCCUGCCUCCAGAAAUGGAGAACUGGGUCAGGGAAGGUAGGCCAGAGACCUGCAGUCAGGCAGUGGCACUGGCAGAAGACUUUCUUAUGAGGCAACAAGAAGAUGGGAGACAAGAACAGAAGGGGCCGGGGAUGUUCCACGUGGUGACCGUGAAUUUUCCUGACGCAGACCGGGCAACACUGGAAAAUGCACAGAGGCAGCUCGGCAGGCAAAUCAAGGAGGAGGAUGGCGGGGAAGGUCACUCAAUGGCUGACGACGGGCCCAUGAGCGACAGCAAGGAGGCUGCUGCAUGGAAAAGUGCUGGCCCUGCAGAGCCAGGGAGAGCGGGAGAUACCGGCAGGCUUCCCGAAGGGGAAGGUGUCUCUGAGUCUCUGAAAGGGCCCCAGGCAAAUGCCCCGCAGGCAGCCGAAGGGAGCACUGCUGGAGAGAAACAGUCCUUGUGUUCUAACUGCGGUGGAAUUUUCAAUCCAAACACGGGGCUUCUUGGGCCGGACGGAGCAAAUCCUUACAAAUGUUCUGUGUGCGACAAGAGUUUCUGCCAGGUGGCGAAACUGAUUGCACACGAAAGACUCCACACAGGUGACUGGCCGUACAAGUGCUCUUUCUGCGGGAAAAGCUUCAACAGGAGCUCGGAUGUCUCCCGGCACGAGCGAAUCCACACAGGGGAGAAGCCGUUCCAGUGCACCACCUGCCAGAAGUGUUUCAGCCAGAGGUCCAAGCUGAUCGUCCAUGAGAGGUUCCACACGGGGGAUAAGCCUCACACCUGCUCGUAUUGUGGGCGGAGCUUCCACCAGAGGUCGGACCUCGUGAAACACGAGCGCAUCCAUACAGGCGAGAAGCCGUACAAGUGCUCCGAUUGCGGGGGGAGCUUCCACCGGAGCUCGGAUCUCGUCAAGCACAAGUGGAUCCACACAGGAGAGAGGCCGUACAAAUGCUCAACGUGCGAGAAGAGCUUCCGGCAGCGCUCGGCUCUCCUGUACCAUGAGAGGACCCACACAGGAGAGAAACCGUACACGUGCUCGGCCUGUGGGAAAGGCUUCAGCUGCAAAGCACACCUGGUGCUUCACAAACGGACCCACACGGGGGAGAAGCCGUACAAAUGCAAUUUCUGUGGGAAAAGCUUCACAACCAGUUCGUACUUCGUCAAGCACCAAAGGAUGCAUCUGGGGCAAGAGCCGUUACCGAUGCACUAAAUGGAGGAACACCCACAGUGGUAGAGCAGGAACACGUUAUCAGCAGGAGACUUUAUUGCCAGACUGUACCACUUCAGUCUGGGGGAUGAAUCUUUGAAUGUUACAUAUACUGUCUAAAAAUCUCUUUGCACAUGCAAAACUAGCAUUUCAGGGAGAGGGGUUCAAGUGUAGCCUUUUCCCUGACAUGGUAGGUUCCUAUAAACGGGGGUAUUUUUUUUCCUAUGGUUGUGGGAAUGUUCAAAUGUUCCUUGACCUCUGUGUCUGAAGUGGUACAGCCCGGCAUCAAUGAUGACUUCCUGAGAAAGCUUCUGCUGACUGUGAACAUUAGCUCUUACAGUUUGCAGUGACCAGAGAAGAAACACUUUCACACACACAGGAGGGAGAGAGAGAAGAAAAAAUCAAAUUGCUUUACCGGGGCGGGGGGGAUCCCAAAGAAGCUCUGCAAUUGCUUAUGUGAUGAGAAAUGGGCCCCUUCCGCACAUGCAAAAUAAUGUGUUUUCAAACCACUUUCACAACUGUUUGCAAGUGGAUUUUGCUAUUCCGCACAGCUUCAAAGAGCACCGAAAGCAGUUUGAAAGAGCAUUAUUCUGCGUGUGUGGAAUGAGCCAUGGAUAAUUUUAUCAGUAUCAAAGGCUACUUCAAAAUUUUGUAAUUAUAUUAACCUUUUCUAUUUAGAGAGCACUUUGGGACAUUCAAAAACAUUUUCCAGAAACUGUACAGCAACCCUUUACGUUAGGCCACUAUUAUCCCAAUAUUACAUAUUUUGGGCAGCUGUGAGACAGAGUGGGUGGCCUAAGGCAGCCUGGUGUGUUCAUGGCAGAGGGGAGAUUUGAACCCAAGACCUUUGGGAUCAUAGCCUAAUAUUACACCAUAUUUCACCGAGCCUGUUAAAUUUAUUAAAUGGCCACAGAGAAGUGAGCAUUUCUCAGUCUCCUGUAAUGUAGAACAACUUAGUGAAUUACUGUCUAUAUUAAUAUGAAAGUGGGUGGUUUGCAUUCACCGCCAAGCCGGGUGCACAUCAAUAAGACAGGGGUCUUUUCCUACUUGGGAGACUCUUUAGGUAUGCAUAAAAAUAUGGCUUUGUAAAUUAACCGAAAGAAAGAUGACAAAGGAAACCAAACAGCCCAAGGAGAAGAAGAGUUGGUUUUUAUACCCUGCUUUUCUCUACUGAAAGGAGUCUCAA